GACAAAGACAAAAUGUGUUGAUAUGCAGCUCUGUUAAUUUCCGGGCUUUUUCUUUUGGAAAAACAUUCUCUUCUUUAUUUUUAGAAAUUCCAGAACGCUUUUAAGCUCCAGCAAUAGUAUUAAGAAGUAUCAGCAGAGAUCUAGAGUUCACCCAGAAGGUCAGUCAUAAAAUAGCUCAUACCCCACUUGCACAUUUCCCAUAAUGUGCCUUAUUUGCCCCCCCACCCUUCAAAUUUUGCACAAGCAUUGUUUUCAAUUUCUCUUGGGGUGGCUGUAAUACCCAGGAGAAGUGAAAAGCAAAGGUUAUGCAAAAUUUUGGGGGGCAAAUAAAGUGCCUUAUGGAUGAUGUGUAAGUGGCAUAUUUUAUAGAUACAAGUGAUUGUCGGUCAAUGUGGCCAUGCAUAAUCAGCCCCUAUAAUAUACCUGCUAACUCUCACACAUAAUUUAUGCAUGAGUCUCAUGCCUAUGGACUAAAGACAUAGAUCUUACACAUCAAGGACAAUUUCUCAUGCUUGACUCAGAAAUUGUUCUUUAAGACAUGAUAAAUAAUGAAAAUUCAAUCAAAAAAGGCGUUAAAGGAUGCAUGACUUUGUGUCCCAUUUUGUGUUUUAAGGAAAUCAAAGCACGCUAAAAAUGUCGUCUUUUAAGUGCUCAAAGGGCUUUGGAAAAUCUGCAGACAUUUUAGGCAAUGUUUGGAAGGCCUUGGAAAUCUUCAAAAGUCGCCGGGACAUUUCCGGAAAUCCCAGUCAUGGCAAGGUGAAAAUGUCAUGCAUUUGAUGCAGAAAAAGUUUGCAAGUAUGCUAUAACCCAUCAGUUGACAGUCAGUCAUUACUUUGCCAAUUGCUCACUGACAUAUCACCAACAUGCAGUCAACACCAGCCCCUGUCCACCAUCAGUUCAGAGGCUAAAAGUUUCAGCAUAACAAUUAUUAGUUUUGUUGGGCAUAAAAGAGAAAUUUUCUCACUGAAAACUAUGGCAUUCUGUUGCAGACAAAACAUGUUCUAGAAAAAAAAUGUUGUGGACGAGUUGAGCAAGACCAGAAAGCCUGGGCCUGAAAGGUGGAUAGUCGCCUUUGUCUUUCCCACUUUGGACAGUAAUUAUUUUUUUUUGGACUCAGAUACAAGGUACAAGAUAAAAGGUUUGUCUCUUCACUCAAUACACCACUGAUAAGUUACCGAUACUUGACCGAUGGUUCACCGAUGCAUUGCUGACACACUAUCGAUACUAUCACGACCGACUGUUGACCAACGGUUGACCAAUGAUCUGUCGAUAUGUCUGUAAAUAUUCGACCAAUACAAGACCAACACUCGACCGAUACGCGACGUAUCCUCAACAAGACUCAAUAGACAUAUUGAUCAAUAUGUCAUCCAAAACUCAACCGAUAUGUUGACGGAUACAUUGGUCAACACCGGCUAUAAGACACAAGACCCAUAUUAAGGUGGCUGAACACAGUUUUGGCAGUUUUUGAUUAUAUGUCAUUUGCCAAAUCAUGGCAAGAGAAAGGUUGCUGCUCACAAGCUGAAACUUGGCAAGUGAAAAAUAUACUGAUUAAAGAUUUUGAUUGACAGGUAAAAAUUGACGUUUUUGUAGUUUCCAUGGCAACAUGAAGGAUUGAAUACAACCUUAAAUUUUCACUUUUUCUCAGUUUACAUAAAACUUGCUCAUUAGAUUUUCCUAUUAACUUGCACACAGCUUACUAUAAUUAAUCAUCACCAUUCGAAACUUAUUUGACCAAAUUUUAACAGACGGGUUUUUAGAUAAUCAAUAAUUUAAUUGUACUGUAAUUAUUAAAUGUGUCAAAAAAUUGGUCUGUUCAACUUCCAUUUUAAAGUUCUCAUUACUUAAAAUAUAAUGAAAGGAAAGAUUCUGCCAAAUAUCACAAAAUUCUAAUAAGUAGAUUUUGAGAAAUCGUCUUCUGUGUACCAUUGCUUUUUCGCCGCCAUGUUUGUUUGUCUAAUUUAAAACACGCGCCGUCACGCAAGUUACCGCUGACCAUCCGCAAAACUGUGUUCAGCCACCUUAAGUGUAAGACCUAGUAUUAAGUUAUCUUAUGUUGACACUAAUAAUUCUUUGUUAUAGCCAUGGCAUCAAAUGCUGUUAAUGGGUGUCCAUCCAUCAGAGUAAUUAUACAGCAGUGUCUGUCAGCUAAAUUACAAGUCCAGCCACCAACAGAAGACAGUGAUGCUCAGUGGGUUGAGGUGCGAAAUGAAAUAAACAGUGGGGGCCCAAUCAUCCAGACCCUAAGAGAAGAGGGGGGCUUGUCCUAAGCCCCAUGGGCUCAGUUGGGCCUAAAAAUAGGGUGGGAUCCCCAUGCUCCCCAACAGCCCCCCCCCCCCUUUCAGUAGAUGUGCCACAGACAAAGAGAAACCUGUCCAUGGGAUUUAUGCUGCUCAACCCCUUGCCUACCAAGGAUGAAAAUAUACGGUACCUCCUGUGUGAGGUCACUCAGUGACCCAGAUCAUAUAUAUAAGUCCUCAGACAAAUGAAAUCGCCAAAAGUGAGGUCGUUCGAGUUGCCUUGAAUAAACGAACACCAGUCGUUGAGAAAGGUCACCGGUUGCUAGGUGUAUUUGGCUCUGGUAGGCAAGGGGUUAAGCAGGCUGCAAACCCUGACCAGCAUUUCCUGACAAAUUCUACACUUUUCCCUCCAUGUCAUAUUAAUUUACUGAAUAAUUGGAGGAAAACACAAUACUUUUAAGGAGACCCUGUUAGAGUAAAAUUCUCACAAGGAACAUGGCCUUGAAACAGCAAAGAUGAGUUGAAACUGUGACGGGGACAAAGAAAAGCACAAAUACUAUAGUAAAAUACUGACUGCGACUUGGCUUCCUCCUCAAUACACAAAACAGCAGGUUUUGAAAUUAAGGGCCUCUUUAAGCAAUGAUCUGUGAUCAUGAACAGGUGGAAGGUACAACCAGAAACUCUUCAUAAGGGCUUUGUUUCAGAAUGCUUUUGUGUGUGUUUACAAAUAUGUAUUUUUCCUUUGCAGUCCAAUGUAGAUGAAUCCUAGAUGUUAAUACAUGGCAGGCAUGCCCUGUAGGCUAAUAACACCCUCCAGUUAGCAAAUGACCUUCCAGAUUUUUGCAUACCAUACAUGUACAUUAUCAGCAUACUGAAUACUGGUAAAUUAUAUCACUUAUAGUGAACUUGCUUUCAGAUUAGUAGAGGCAUCAUUGUCUACCUUUGUUUCCUCAAAGGCUCAAAUCUGGACUUUAUACCAAAAGUUGGUGAGUUGUAAUGGCUUGUCCAGCUCUCCUGUGCAUAAAGUCUAUUUUUUGCAGGCUGUCAGCAUGGCAUUAUUGGUAUUGACAUAAAGAAUGGCUAUAUCUUCUUGCCAUGCAUUGAAAAUUGUUCUUUCAGCUACCAUAAAUAAUAAGCAUUUUAAAAAAUACUGUAUGCUACCAAAGCUCUAAUAAGAGACACUAUCAUAAGUAGACAGCUCUACUACAUUAUACUAUUAAUAGCUACCUUACGUGUAAGUUGACAGAGCCUUGUUUGAACUCUCUACUUAAAAAAAAAAAAACUAUUCUGGUAAGCAGCCAUCUCCAGUUGCCAACAGUUUUCCUUUUUCACAAAGGUAUCAGCUUAAGAACGCUUUGACUGUAUUUCUAACCGAUUUUUUUUUUAUCAAGCUAGUUUCAUUUAUCAUUGUCUUAUACAGAAGCAAUAACAAUGCACAUUUCAGAAUGUUUCUUUUGGCAUGGUAUAUUUAUGUAUAAUGUGGACAUGUACUUUUUUAAACAUAUUGACUCGUUAUUUUAUUUAAUUGAGUUGAUUUAUUAAUGUAUUAAAAAGGAUUAUUUUGUAUUUCCUUUUUUCAGUAAAAUCUAUUUUAAAUGUAAAAUUAAGUGAGCCCACAGGCAAACCAUCCAAUGUGUCAGUUUUAGAUCUUCCUGGGGAUGUUCUUAUAGUUCCACAGGUAAACAAUAUUGUAUCUACAUAAAAGCAUUUCAUUCCUGUUAAAUCACUUUCCAUUCAAACGUCUGUCAUGCAAACUAUAUAGAUAUCUUCACCGUGGCAGUAUUAGCUCAGUCGCUAGAGCACCUGACUGCAGAGCUGGAAGCCUGCAUAGCAUGACGGUUUUGGUUGGGCGCGCUAAGUAAUAAAGGUGGGCGAGUGCAGAGAAGCCGCUCGUUCUCUCACGCUUUACGCGCGAAUUUCGCGGCCCGCGGCUUCGCCGCUCGUGCGCUCGGCUCGACAAAACCGCCAUGCUACGCAGGCUACAGAGCUGGAGGUCGCGGGUUAGAUUCGCCGGGCCGGACCAAUACUUAACUUAAAAAUAGCGGAGAAAUGCGGGUACUGCCUUUGCCCUGCAAGCGGCUAGACCUUUUUGCGGCUCGGAUGACCAUGUAAAAUGGCGGUCCAGUCUCCAGAAGGAGACGGAUAUAAAAUAGCGUCCUCGAUUAGAACGUUCAUGUUAAAAAGAGUGGGAAAAUUUCAUCACCCUAAAUAGCAGUCCAUGAUUUUCUGAAGCUUCUGGGAAUGUCACGAACCAUUAAAUUUUCUCAGUAACCAAAGUUUCUUGUUUUUCCAUGUAAAUGGAAUAAGUUUAAGUACCCCAGGCUUUCAGUCCUCUUGUUUAACCUGAUAGGUCUCCCAAGAAUUAACGUGCGGCAUUUUUACUGAAACUUGAAUUUUUUUCUUUAUUGCUUUUACAGGCCACACUGGGUGGAAAGAUGAAAGGAAAAAGUAUUCAGUAUCAUUCAAAUAUUUCAAAAGAAGAAGGAAGGCUAUUUUAUGAAAAGUUCGUUUUUCUUUGCGAGGUAUAACUAUUAGAUGGAUGAGCCAUAUCACAUCAAGUAAUUUUUAUAACUUCGUCUGUUUUUGGACCAUAAAUAUAAAUGCUACCAGAAACUCAUAAGGGGAUGAAUCAACCCCUUAUGAGUUUCUGAUGCUACUCAAUUCAUUAACUAAUAUCUUCGAGUCGUCUACUCAGUGUCUGGAAGCAUAUUUUCGGGAUCCGAUAUUUAACAAUUGAAAACAGUGCGGGAUUCGGGAAAACACAAAAAUUCCUGACGGAUACGGGAUUUGAUCGCUACUUGGGAAGAAUGGCCGAAAUCUUGGCACGGGGUGUGGUAUUAGGAAAGAAAACGGUCUUCAGGUUAGAGAUUACAGAGUCAUUACAGAAAUUUAGGAUGCGGUUUUGUCGUGAAAAAGGAGCAAGAAUGCGUGUUCAAGAACCCCCCUUCCAGGCCCUGUCUACUCCCUCAGAGACGACGUCUCUGAGGGAGUAAGCGACUUGGAGAUAUGUCUGAAAUUCAGGCUAAUAUUUGACCAAUUAGCCAUUGAGGGAUCUUGUUUAAGAGAUUUAUAACUUACAGAACUUGGUAAGAUCUAAAGAUCCAACACUUCAACAUCCGGUAUGCCGAAAAUGCUGGAAGCAAGGAUUGGGCGGUGUGAUUAUCGAAAACGAUGCAUAGUGUACCAUGACCAAACGCUUUAACACUGUACGUUUUUCUUUGCCCAGGAGACAAUUCAGUCUAGCUCACCAAGCUCAUCCGUCAAACAUGGUAAGUUCGUAAAUUGGACUCUGCUUUCUAUUGAGUAAUUCCUUUAUUAAGUUACAUUUUCCUGUACGCUUGCUCUUGACUAUCACUCGGUACAUGCUGACAGAAUGAUUUCGGUCUUACAAACAUGUCUCUCCUUAUGAAUACGUUCAUAACAAGAAAGCCGCCCCUUUGAAUUCUUACCCUGCCUUCCUCUUUAAUCCUGACGGUUUUUGUAAAGGGAAUGCUUUACUCUGUUGACUGUCGUCUAUCUGCAUACAAACGACAGUCUAUUUGCAUAUGGGUGAAACCUCCAAUAUGAACCUCCCGUAAGCGACCACCCAAAAUGCAAAGACUGAGUGGUCGCUUACGGGAGGUGGUCGUUUACAAGGAUGGAACCACAGGGGGUCUCUUUCGAGAAGAGGUCCAGGCACAUCUUUAUGGAAGAUAAUUUAUUGCAUGCAACGUCUAAGUUAGCACAUGUAUAGUUCCAUGUUGUUCUAAGUAACAUAGUGCACACAGCGAAAAUAGAGGUCAGGGAACGUGUCAAGUGGUCGCUUACAAGAGGUUAAAAACAAUGGGAAAAUCGAUCUUAUGGAAGAUAAUUUAUUGCAUGCAACGUCUAACUUAGCACAUGUAUAGUUCCAUGUUGUUCUAAGUAACAUAGUGCACACAGCGAAAAUAGAGGUCAGGGAACGUGUCAAGUGGUCGCUUACAAGAGGUUAAAAACAAUGGGAAAAUCGAUCGUUAACCGUCAGGCCAAAAAAGUGGUCGCGGUCGCUUACAGGAGGUGGUCGUUUACUAGAGGCUCCAAAUGUAACGCUUUGAUACCCUGCGAACAGAGUCUCCUUCGAGACCGACUUAUCUAGGAAAGAUCGAAGCGACUCUGCUAGCAGGGUAACGCUUUGACUUAGAAGACUUUGGUGUUUUGGAUUGGCGGUCGCUUAUUGGAGGUGGUCGCUUACGAAAGGUGGUCGCACAUGGAAGUUCGACUGUACGUCUCCUUCCGUGCUGGGCGUUGGCUAUGCGUAGAGAACACCCUUAUAUAACCGCCCAUUUCCUUAGCUCCCGCCCCAUAAAGAAAAGCAAAGCCGAUCCUAACUUUUUUAAUUGCACUUCAACUGUGUGUAAAAACCUGUUAAGGACCGUACCGAUAUUUUUCAAUCGCCUUAAAAGUGGUUUUAUCCUUGUCCGAUCGCUAUAAAAUUUUUACCAAAGACAAAAUGUAGUUUUAAGUAAAUAUAUUUCGAACUGUAUCGGAACACUUAAAGGCUUUAACGAGUUUUAUAAUUUAUAGAAACCCGAAGUAUAUCCUAUGAUGGUGACCUCAAUUGAAGUUUAUCGGAUUCAAAGUUUCGAUUUGAUUCAAAUUCUUAUGGAUUCAUUUUAGUUCAUUGGACUUUGUCGUGAUUUGGGUCAAGAUUUUACCGCCAAGUACGUGUCUAAAGUACUUCUAAUUAAUGGUUUUCAUUUUAGGUACUUAUGGAAACAGACAAGUUCUGAGCGUUGAUACCAACGGACCAUUUACACACGUCUUCGACUUCUAACGAAAUCGUGCUCUAUUUAUUUCGGAGACAUUUUGAG